UUAUCAUCGGGAUUGCAUCGUCGCGUGGCUCCACAUCAAUCAUCUCUGUCCUACUUGUCGGCACCCGAAUGCUCCGAGCCGAUGAUGACUCAUGCCAUCCAUAGAAUCCAAGGAACCAGCUGCAUUGGUGCUGCCACUAUGCUGGAAAGCAUGAAAAUUUCAUUAGUAGCUUGGCCUUGCAUAGCUGCUUACGCUGUGAUCAUCAACUUGAUGCCUGCAGAUACACAAAAGUUGAUUGACCAUGCCAACAAGAGUGGCCCUUACUUGGGCUUGGUGAUUCCAAAUUCUUUCGAAUUAGGACCUCUUCUUCAGUCUCCAAACUUUACUUCAACAAACAUGAUCAUAGAUUUUUCUGGAAGGAGAUUUCAGUUUGGAAUCAUUGCUGAAAAGAAAGUCAUCUUAGUCAUGACAGGACUUUCCAUGAUGUGCUUAUCCCUCAGAGUUGGUCCCAUACUGCUAUUUGGAAUUGGCAGAUAUGGAAAUAGGCCUCAAGAUGAACUAUCCCUUGAAUCACAAGGAGCCUACAAGAGAUAUUGGCUGCCUCAAAAUUUCAAGUUAUACAUGGAAUGUGGCAGGUGACAGCUCAUGUGAUAAUAUGUAAACAACAUUUGAUUUCAACCUGAAGAAGUCUUCCCCAUUGAUGGAACUCCAGAACAAAGACAAUAUGCCUUCUGGGUUGCUGUUGAUCCCCUCUACUAUGAAAUCUCCAAAUUGCUCAAGGCUUCUAAAUAUCCCACUUACACUUUUCUUCAAUGGAGGUGAGCAUGAAUAUUUCAAAGCUGCUACCAAUCCAAAUGAAGCAAUCAAACAUGAGAAAGAGUAUAGAGGUAGGUGGGAAUUGGUUUCAGAGAAUUCAGGUGUAUCUGCCAUGCACAUGAUCAUAAUGCCUAAAAGUAAUAAGGCCAUCAUAUUUUAUGCUGCUGGUUUUGGCCCAUCUGAGAUCUCACUGCCCGCGGGAGAUUGUCGCCGGUUUUUGGACAGCAGAAAAGAAGGUGAAGUUUAUGAAUUGGAUUGCUGGGCGCAUGCUGUGGAAUUCGACAUUGACACUGCAGCUAUUAGGCCACUUAAGAUUUUAACAGAUACAUGGUGCUCAUCUGGGGGGUUAUCAGCUAAUGGCACUCUUGUGCAAACUGGUGGAUGGGAUGAAGGAGGAAGGUCCGUCAGAUACUUCAAUGGAUGCAGUAGUUGCGAUUGGGAGGAGUACCCCUUAUCACUUUCUGGCUUAAGAUGGUUUUCAACUCAACAUAUUCUGCCAAACGGGGAAUUCAUAGUGAUCGGAGGCCGUGGCAUGUUCAAUUAUGAGUAUAUCCCUAAGGCGGGAAGUACCAAUGAAGUAAUCUACACUUUACCAUUUCUCCAAGAGACAAGUGACGCCGUAGAGAACAAUCUCUACCCGUUUGUCUUCCUCUCCACGGAUGGCAACCUCCUCAUCUUCGCUAAUAAUCGGUCCAUUUUGCUUAACCCUACCACUAAUAAGGUCGAGCGUGAGCUCCCCGUCCUCGACGGCGGCUCUCGUAACUACCCUGCCUCCGGGAUGGCGGCAUUGCUACCUCUAAAGCUCAAUGGCACAAACCCGAAUGUGAUCCGAGCUGAAAUUCUGGUAUGUGGUGGAGCUGAUCCAAAGGCGGGAAAGUUUGUUGAAAACGGUAUAUACGUAACUGCGCUACAAGAUUGCGGAAGAAUUGAUAUAACCAACCCAGAAGCCAAGUGGCAGAAGGAGAUGAUGCCAACCCCAAGGGUCAUGGGAGAUAUGGUGAUCCUUCCCACAGGUGAUAUACUUAUUAUUAAUGGAGCCAAACGGGGCACUGCCGGGUUGAACUUUGCGGAGGAUCCGAAUGUUUCUCCGGUGAUUUAUAAACCCGAUAACCCAUUAACCCGACGAUUCACUGAGCUAAAGGAAACGAUAAUACCAAGAAUGUACGGUUCAACCUCUGCAUUAUUGCCAGGCGGUGAAGUUUUAGUGGCCGGGAGCAAUCCAAACUUCCAUCAUAAUUUCACGGGUGUGAAAUAUCCUACGGAGCUCCGGAUCGAGAAAUUUUACCCAAGGUAUUUCGACCCGGAACGGGUAUCGGAUCGCGUUGCAAUCACUUCAAAUUACAACGGUGAAAUUAUAAAUUACCGUCAAAAUAUUUUGAUCGAGUUUCAAGCGAAGAAAGCUAGGGUUAAUUUGUCUGAUUUGAGGGUAACAAUGUACGCACCACCAUUUACAACACAUGGGUUUUCAAUGGGACAGAGACUUAUAGAGUUGGUCAUAAUAGAGUUAAAGAUUGUGGAAUCAGAAUUGUUUCAAGUCGAGGUUGUGGCACCACCAAUAGCCGAAAUUGCUCCACCUGGCUUUUACUUGAUCUUUGUUGUGCAUGUUGGAGUUCCUAGUAGAGGGAUAUGGCUUCAGAUUGCAUAG